AUGCAAAAUUGGAUGAUGGCCCAAUUAUACAGAAUUUCGUUCCGUCUCUUGUUUAGUUCAGCUUUUGCCACAAUUUACGGCGAUGAGAGCAUCAUUUUGUGCUUUCAAACACUAGAAUGCAUCGGUGCUGGGUCAAAGAUCAAAAUACGAACAAAAGCCUCUCCGAGUACAGUAGCUGCCAGAACGGGAGCUGCUGCCUAUGAAGAAAGUCGAGAGUCCUUGAAGAGCGGAGAAGUGAAAACCAAAGUCCGGAAACGUCUUGCCAUCGAUCCCGAUGUGGAUGAAGUUGACUUGGAAAAUUAUCAAGGAGUCCUUGGGCGACCUGGAGUCGAUUUUCCCGUAUUGACUGGAAUUCCAAAGACGAAUUUCACCUGCAAGGAACACGGGAACGGAUAUUUUGCGGAUUUGGAAACGGAUUGUCAGGUUUUCCACAUUUGUGACGAAGGUCGUAAAAUCUCAUUUUUAUGCCCGAACGGCACAAUUUUCCGUCAACUUGAUCUAAUUUGUGACUGGUGGUUCAAAGUUGAUUGCGCCUCAUCACCGAGUCAGUAUGCCGAAAGCUCCGAAACUCUCGCACGUGACAAAAAUCGUCGAUUGCAGCAACGGAAACACUUACAGGCCGAAUUCAAUGUGGAAUCUCUCUCGGGUGAACCAUUAAAGCAAAUUGAUCGCCGCGUUGGCAAAGCAUUUGUUGAGAAAAAUCGUCGCAUGGAUGCUUAUUUCUCCGAACCGAACCCCGACAGCAUCGAAAGCUUCGAAUUUAUCGAUGUAGGACGCAGUAAAAAUAAACGAACUUUUGAAGCGGUUUCCAGUAGUGGCUCGAAGGAACUUCAAGAAGUAGCGGAAACUGCAUCUUUUGUACGUCCUCGUCAAUUGUUAAACGGUUAUGACUACCCCGUGCCCACAGCUAAUGGAAAACCCGCCGGUUACGAAUAUCCAAAGCCAGAAAAACAAAUUUCCUUUUCGUCAUCGGCUUCGGUUGCUAAUCCCACAGAUCGUACGGGCAAAAGAUUAGAAAGUGCCAGACCUACUGGAUUCGGGUUUGAUCCCGCGCCAAAUAGUAACAAUGGAGGAUUUGAGCCAAAACCUUUCAAUACGAGACCAACGGAGAUUUUGAGUACGACAACGACGACGAGAGCUCCUGAAACAAGAUCUCGUCAAAGUACAACAACUGCAAGUUCUUUAACGACCCAAUUCAAUCGAGGAAGCACAACCUAUCAAAGUAGCUUGGAACAGCGUGAUCGUCAAGAAAAAUCUGUGCAACAAUUUACGACUCAAUCGACAACAACAACGCCCCGCAGUACCACUGCAUAUCCUAAAACCUAUAGCACAGCUAAAAAAUUGACAUCCAAAGCGAAAGAAGCAGCUUUUUACACUCCAACUAUCCCGUCAUUCACGAAUAAAGCAACCAAGGAAACAACAAGUGAACGAACUCCCAAAGUACGUUCCACGACUCCAACUCCAAGUGUCUCCGAACACGCCAUGGAAAUGAUGAAGACCCUUCAGCAACUCGGUACCAUGGAAAACGACUCGGAAAAAUAUCAAGGACAACGCGCCGGCUUAGAAGUUCCUCCAAGUUCGGGUCCCAGUGCGCUUCAUUCCCUCGCUUUGUACUUUGCAACGACGCCUGUCGAUCAAAACAGCACCGAACCAACUCCUGCUGCUUCCACAAAUGGUGACGAUGACUUCCAAGGCAAAACAAAUUCUGAUUUCGAACUUUCCACGGAAGCAAAUACGCCGGCAAUUACAGCUGCUCAUCUCAGUCAACGCACCGUCGAACAAUAUCAGGCCUUAUUUGAAGCGGAAAAUAAGCGUCUUGAACCGAACAAUACUAAAAUCAGCUUUCAUGACGACGAUAACGACUUGGAUACCGAAAAUUCCCGCAGUCCUAUUUACGCUGCUGCUGGUUCGCCGCAAAUCCGUGAAUUAGCGCAAGUUUUCACACACGCCUUGUCUGCUUAUUUGCAAGAUCCCGAGACAUUCAGGAAAAUUUUGUCGGAAAUCCGACCCACGGAACCUCCUCCAUUGGAAUCUAAUGAGAUCGAGAAUCGCUUUAACAACCAAGAUGUCUUCCAUGGGCAGGAGGCAUCGUUUGCCAUCCCAAAAACUGCAACAACGACUUCUACAACGACUACUGUGUCACCUACAGAGGAUUUUGAAGUGUUAGAUUUUUCAGAUGUCACGUUGUCAACACAUCGACAAGAAACUACGACUACCGAAAGUCCUACUACGACAACAACAAAGAUAAAUGUUCCUGUCCCAGUGAACAGAAUUUUGCCGCCAUUUUCAAAUAAUGCCAUUGAUCGCACUCCUGGCUCAGAUUUAAUCGCUGAAACACUUGAGAAUGAAGCAAAUAACUAUUAUAACCGACAAGGAAAGGCUCGUGAUGGUUUUGAAACGACUACGGAUGCAAAUCCAUUGGCUAUUGAGAUAAAUGGAGGUCUUGCUUUGUCUACAACUUUCCCCUUUGAGAGUCAAGAAUCAGAAAAAGAUAUUUCUACUCAAACGGAAAGCACUUAUUUCCCAUCAGACAAAAGUAAUAAGAACAAAAAAGUUACUUCACCUUACGGAAAAGGCGUAAAACCAACAGGAAGUGCUCCAUUGUCUAAAUUAGAACAAAAUUCUGAAGCUCCUGAGCAAUGGGGUGACGAAGGAACAACUACUGUAUUCGAUACGGAACAAACCCCGACUCCAUCUCCGGAUUUAUUGCCGCCAUACAAGUCGACACCUGUUGUUUUCACGCCCAGCAAAUACUAUGAGCCUCCCGUGCAGGACGACGAAGAAUCGCUGCAACAAUCCCAAUCACAAUCGAUCUUCGGAAACAACGGAAAUAGCGUAAAAUCAUCGGAAAAACGCGGGAAAUCGUACUUUAACUAUGUGACAGUGCAAGAAACUGAAAGCAGUACUGCUCAAACUACGCGUUUCGGUGAUCGUUUGACAACAACAACUACUGAAACGCCCCUUGACACUACCACGAACGCUGCUGUGAAUUCACGAGGCCAUUUUAUCACGCGAAAAAUCACGACGCUCGAUGACAGUUCGACACCGCUGCCAGAUUUCUCGAAAACUACUAUCCCAGAUACGGGUAAGAUUAGUCCGAACAGCAAAACAACCGUGUCAUAUUCGAUCUUUUUGGACCCAUUGACGAUCAAUGAUGGAUUGAUGGAGUCAUCGGAGACGGCGAAAAAGGCAAAUAAUGAAGCGACGUAUUUACCACGGGAUUUGACGACUGAAAGUUAUACCGAAGCAAUCACAGGAGCUCCAACGUUCACAGUUUCCACGAGAACUGCUUCAGUUUCGACGCGUCGUGGCAAGGAAUUGAAUACAAAACCAACAGCAGCUUACAAUCAAGUUCCACAAGAUGAAAAGGAUUUGAGUGAACAGGAUUUCGUUACCGCCAUGCAAAAACGAGCCAAUGAAAUGUUUGGGGGGCUGAAUGAUACGCAAGCAGACCAUUUGAUGAAUGUCAUGAAACAAGCAGAUAAGAACAAAAAUGUGCGAAGAUUGAUCCUGCUUUUGAUCCAGACUUGUGAUGAUGAUUACAAUAAAACUGUCGAAGAGUCGAGAAAUGCACUUUUGAACGCACUGAUCCAAAUGGAUACAAAAGACGGAAGCGGAAGUGAUAUUCAAAUCGUGAAAACUCGUUAUGGAGGUGAACGUAAGACUCAAGAACAAACCACAGAAGCGUCUCCUAAGAUAACCACGUAUCGCAGUGUGGACCACAAUAAAUACACAUCCGCUGAGGCAACUGUCGAAUACAGCUUUGUCACUUCCACGAGUGUCUCGGACCAAACAACGACAGAUUUUGAGACAACAACUUCCUUCCCAACCUCCGCAGCUGAUACGACAGAACAAACUACAACUGAUUUCCCAACCACAACCACAGAUUAUCCAACGACUUUUUACAGUAGAACAACGACGACGACAACGACAACUACGCCAGCUCCAACAACUACCAGCCGCAAGCCACGAACUCGUACCCGAACACGAGGCGGUGCGCCGCGCGUUCAAAAGAGCCUCGGCUUGUCGGAAGACUUUGUAGCGGAAUCCUCUAGUAAUUACGGAACAGACAAUGCUCAAAAUAAACACUCGGAUGCCAGAGCCUUGGAGCUUCUGAGAUCACUGUACUCCUUGGCAUCGCGAUGGGGCUAA